AUGGUGAAAGGGAAGUCUGAUCACUCUGCUUUUUAUAAGCAUUCUAAAACAGGUAUUAUCUUAUUAGUUGUCUAUGUGGAUGACAUUGUCAUCAUCGGUAGUGACACGGCUGGUAUUGCAUCUCUUAAGACCUUUUUUCAUGGUCAAUUUCAGACUAAAGAUCUUGGUACAUUAAAGUAUUUUCUAGGUUUCGUGGUAAUAUGGAGUAAGAAAGGUAUAUUUCUCUCCCAAAGAAAAUAUGUACUUGAUCUAUUGACAGAGACGGGAAAACUGGGAGCUAAGCCGUGCAAUACUCCAAUGAUCCCAAAUUCACAGUUGACACCAGAGGGGGAGCCAUUUGAUGAUCCAGAAAGAUAUAGGAGAUUGGUUGGUAAGCUAAACUAUCUGAUUGUAACCCGACCUGAUAUCACUUACUCGGUUAGUGUUGUAAGUCAGUUUAUGGCAUCACCAACUGUUGAUCAUUGGAGAGCUGUUGAACAAAUCUUGAACUACUUGAAAGGGGCUCCAGGGCGUGGAAUUGUGUAUCAAAACCAUGGACAUAUGAAGAUUGAGUGUUUUGCAGAUGCAGACUAUGCAGGGUCUAAGGAGAAUCGGAGAUCUAUAACCGGAUUUUGUGUCUUCUUCGGUGGGAACUUGAUCUCGUGGAAAAGCAUGAAGCAGAGUGUUGUCUCACGGUCAAGUGCAGAGUCAGAGUAUAGAGCAAUGGCACAAGCAACCUGUGAAAUCUUGUGGAUACCUCAGCACCUGGAGAUUCCUCAAGCUUCAAUCUGUUUGUUGAUAUUAAUCGUGAACCUGUACGCUUGGCCUGAAGAAGGCUUCUAG